UCGCUUCGCGCGCGCAGCCCCGCAGCGCAGCUGUCUUCGGGGACGCCAGCCGCCGAGCCAGCCGCGCCGAGUUUGUGCCGGAGGCCACUUGGAGGAACGGGGACAACUAUCCCUUUGGGCUGCAGGAACUCCGCUGAGCACAACCAGCCGCCAGAAUGCUCCUCUUGUUGCUGGGCAUCAUCGUCCUCCACGUCGCAGUGCUCGUGCUGCUCUUCGUCUCCACGAUCGUCAGCCAAUGGAUCGUGGGCAAUGGACAUGCAACCGACCUCUGGCAGAAUUGUAGCACCUCUUCUUCUGGAAACGUCCACCACUGCUACUCAUCGUCAGCAAAUGAAUGGCUGCAGUCUGUCCAGGCCACCAUGAUCCUGUCGAUCAUCUUCAGCGUUCUGUCCCUGUUCCUGUUCUUCUGCCAGCUCUUCACUCUCACCAAAGGGGGCCGGUUUUACAUCACCGGAGUCUUCCAGAUCCUUGCCGGUCUGUGUGUGAUGAGUGCAGCGUCCAUCUACACGGUGAGGCACCCAGAGUGGCAUCUCAACUCUGACUACUCCUACGGCUUCGCCUACAUCCUGGCCUGGGUGGCCUUCCCUCUGGCCCUUCUCAGCGGCGUCGUCUACGUGAUCUUGCGGAAACGCGAAUGAGGUGCCCAGACGGUUUGGUCUGAGGCACUGAGCGUACAUCGGGGGAAGGGAGGAAGGAAACCAGAAAAAAAAAAAAAAAAAAAAAGAGAAAGAAAGAAAAAAACCCAACCCAAA